CCAGCUGCCAAGUUUGCUGUGUUUGCGGUCUCUGUGAGUCGAGAAAGCCCGGGAGCUCCCUGUCGUCGGGACUUUUGCUCACCGCCUUCCAGCCUCCUCCCGAGCUCUUCCCGGCUGGGCCUGUAGCUUCGAAGUUUUUCUUCUUCAACUUUUCACAACCCACAAAACCCACUAGCUGCUGAGACUCCAACGAGAUCAAGAUGUGGACGGCGCCAGUGUUGUUCUGGGUUUUGGGGAGCGUUUGGUUCUGGGUCUCUGCGCAGGGAGGGACCAUAAGUGCACUAGAAGAUGAUAUUGUGACGCCAGGUACAGGAGAUGGCAUAGUGGCCCCAGGUCUAGAAGACAGAAUAGCAACCACAAGUGCUACUGGAGGGCUGAAUGAAUCUACUGGCAAGGCACCUCUGGUCCCAACACACACAGAGAGUGGGACAAAGCCUCCCUUUGAGGAGUUGCCAACCUUAGGAACCUCAGACCAUGAUCACAAAGAGCAUGAGAGGACAACCACAGUCAAAGUGGUGACUAGCCACUCGGCGGACAAGAAAACAAGUCACCCCGAUAGAGAUAACACUGGUGAUGAAAUGCCGACAACAGAUAAGAAAGAUGGCUUGGCAGUAGUGACCCUGGUUGGAAUCAUAGUCGGCGUCUUGUUAGCCAUCGGCUUCGUCGGAGGGAUCAUCAUUGUGGUUAUGAGGAAGAUUUCUGGAAGGUUCUCGCCCUAAAGAGCUAAACGGAACAGUUGUUCUCCCAACAUACUGAAAAUAGGAGAGCUUCCAACAUGCUCUGUUCCCCCAUCCUCUUCCGGUGGAGGAAGAUGACCCAUGGAAUGCCCACCCACCCUACUCACAGCCAUGGUGACCCCUCCACUUACCAGAAGUACCGACAGAAAGAUACAGGACAAGCCAUGGCCCCUCGAAGCAUCUGCCUUUGGAAAACAAAUUUUUUAACAUAAAUGCUAGGAUCAAUUCAAAAGACAACAGGCUUAGAAAAUGGAGCAGAGCCGAGACAGUAUCACCAGCCUUAGCAACUGUAACCAUGGGUUCUCCUGGCCAGUCCCUGUUACUGUUAAGAGGCAAAGGAAUCUGGAAAUGUUACAGAAGCACGGGUCCUUUUGCAGUUGCCAACCUGCAACUGCAGUGGAUACAUACAUAUUCCAGCCUAGCGGGGUCUGUUCUCAGAUAUGUUUGAAUCAUUACCUUGAAAGUAUAAACCUAAAAUCAGACAUGCUAGGCAGCCCCUAGAGAGCUUCGUUAGACUAUUUCAGGAGCAUCCACUGUGCCUUCAGUUCCCGGAAGAUGCUUCGAAUUUUGCAAGUAUUCAAACCAUCUCUAAGCCUCAGAUGACUUGACGACCCAGAGAGGUCUGUCUCCUCCACUCCCCUUGGUGAUGGAAAGCCCAAGUUGAGAAGCCACAUCCUCAUCUCCUUAGGACUCAGAUCAGCCGCUUCU